CCUAUCAAGACUGUAAUCAACAUUAAAAGAUGCCAUUUAGGUUCCCAAUCAAGUUCGAUCUUCCUAGACAUUCCUACUUGAACGGUAGAGUCAUCAAGGACCACUUCAAGAGAUUGCAAUACGCUGAAAAUGAAGUCACCAGAAAUGCCUUGAAGUACAUUUCAAGAAACACAGAAUUACCAGCAAGAGCUAGAGUUGAAGCUCAAUUACAGUUGACCAGUAUGCCAAACUAUACCCGUUACACUCAAAUCAAGAACAGAUGUGUUGCCUCCGGUAACGCCCACUCCGUCCACAGUGAGUUCAAGCUUAACAGAACUGCGUUCAGAAACAGAGCUCGUGCUGGCCAAAUCCCAGGUGUCAAGAAGGCAUCUUGGUAAAUUAUCAUGUAAAUAGUCAAUGUAUAAUAUUAGAG